AUGCAUGAAAGAAAUUUACAAAAUAGCUCGUUCACCAAUUUUGAAGAAUUAAGCAAAAAACAUACCUUUCUAAACAUAUUUUUACGCAAAAAUAGGAGUGGGAAAUUAUUUUACAAUUUUGGAAAAUCUCUAGCUAUUUACUUCCUCAGUAAAGCUACCCUAAAGGAGUACUACGACCUCAACUUUUAUUUGCCAUAUGUACAAUGCAAAGCAUUGGAUGAGACUUUGGAACACAUAACUGUAGUAUCGAAAGGCGAAGAUGGCGACUACGUUACUGUUCAAGUGAAUGAUCUAGCCAAGUUUAAGGAUACCCUUUUGAUCAUGUAUAAUGAGUACAACCACAUGCUACUAAAUUUGCGAAGUGAAAAGGAAGAGUGUGUAUUGAUCAACGAGAGUACCUCCAUAGAGGAGGAAAGUAGGGGCAAGAAAAACUACCUCUGUCCGAACAUUCCUGGCAGAGCUAAUUACAUGCACUAUAUAGCCGACUUGACUGCUCUGCCGAAGGUUCCCGUGGAAGGGGCCUCCAAAGGGGCCAAGCAUGGUGAAAGGACUAACGAACGGAUUGGCGAACGGAUUGACGAACGGGUUGGCGAACAGGUUGGUGAAUGGACUAACGAACGGGUUGGCGAACUGACUGUGGAACAGGUAGACAAAUGGACACCUCUCGCGCGUGAGACCAAUGACGAGGAGAAGGACACCCUACUGCGCGGCAGCCAAAUAAAAGUACUGGACAUUGGGGUGGGUUCAAACUGCAUAUACCCACUACUGGGGAAUUGCAUAUACAAUUGGUCCUUCGUAGGGGUAGACGUAAACCUAGACUCUUUGAAAUUUUGCUACUUGAAUAUUUUACUAAAUAACAAAGAAAACAACAUAGUGCUCAAUUCCUUGGAUGAAGUUAACAGAAACCCCUUUCGAAACAUCCGUGCCCACAUGAACGAAGUGGUUUAUUUUGACACCGAACAAGUUGCAUCUACAGAAUCGCAAAAGGUGGAUGACCAGCUUGGCUCCACGGGAGAGGAUAAAACAACCCGUAGUGAGCAGAUUGAAGCAGAUCUGGACAAGCCACGCGGGGCGAAGGAUGAUCAUCUAGAUACCAACUAUUCCGUCGGUGCGUCCUACAAUAGUGAGGAAGAACAUUUCAGUGGGAUAAAAGAAGAAGUGGAUGGGGGCCUGCAAAGAAGUGAAAUAAAAAGUGACAUACCUAGCGAUCGUGUCGGGGGAGAAUACGGUUUUAUUUUAAAUAUGAUUAAGGAAAGUAGCUCCUAUUUUUACAACGUAGUCUGGUUCACCACCAUGGUGUCCAAAUUUAAAAAUGUGAAAUUAAUAAAAAAGGAAAUAAUAAAGUCUAUGCGAAUGUACACUAUGGAUAACAAAAAACAAGUCAAUUUUCUGGAUGCCCUUACACGGAAUGACAUGCAUUUUGAUCAGCACCUCCGUUUGCAAAAGGUAGGGGGGUGUUCCUUCCCGGUGCAUAUAGCACAGCAUCGAAUUUUCGAGUCCUACACCGGGAGAAUAACCAGGUGGAUCGUUUGCUGGUCCUACUACGGAGAGGAGCACAUCGACCGCGUGAAACGGCUGCUGCAAGCGCGAAUUUGUAAAACGUGA